AUGUGGUAUAAACAGACAUUACAUAUGCAAAAAAAUCUAAUGACCGUGUUGAUAUAUCAGGAACCAAUAACUCUUUCCAUCAGUUGUGUAAUAUCGGAGCUUUCAUUACAUUAUUUUUGUUCGUAUCUAUCUAAUGUUUUCUCCAUCUUUACCGCUUUGCGUGUUGUGGUUGAAAAUGAUUGAAAAUAAAUGCCUAUUAAUAGUAAUAUUGUCCACAUUCUAUACAUAACGUAGUAUUAUUAGUUUUUU